UUUGCCGUACGUAAACACUAACGUUACUAACUAGCCUAGCCACCGCGAAACACCCCGCAUCUUCACUCGGGAAUAAAGUUCAGUUAGCUAGCGCUGUCCGGCUCCGUGCGAGCCGGGGAUUCGCGCUGUUCAACCUUAAAUCUUCGUUUCUUUGCACUGCCUGUCUGGUAACGCGACUCAAAGGGCAGCUUAUUGAAUUAAGCCGAAGUUAGUCCGUCGUUCGCGGCGCAUCACUUGACGGAAAAGCUGUUUGGGUUAGCAUUAGCGUUAGCUGAUGUGGCUACACUGGCGUGUUGGGUCUGGCUGCUUAGCGUUAACUAACAUCGCCCAGCUGACAAUAAUACCACGCAGUCAGGCUACAAGACGAGAUUAAACUGUCUAACUUUAUAUAAUCUUUUUUUAAAAAAUAACGUCUAAUUACCACAGCCAAGCUAACCCAAGUUGGCUAACAGUUGAACGUGAGCAGCUAAGCUAACGCUAACUACGUUGUUAUUAACGCUUAAUAAACGCAGUUUAUCGACCGUUGUUUUUGCGAUAACGUUAGCUGCUUUGAUGGCUGUCGGCGUGCGUUUGUGGCUGAUGUGGAUAACCAAGAGCGUCGUUUGUGCAGAUGUGACAGCAUAAAUGGACAACGGCAACGUCACGACAACGUCCGCGUUUGGUUCGCAGGGCUAUAGUCCAACCUACAAAAGGAAAAGGACGGUGGAAGAUUUCAACAAGUUUUGCACAUUUGUGCUGGCAUACGCAGGUUAUAUUCCAUAUCCCCAGGAGGAGACACCCCUGAGGAGUAGCUCCAGUCCACCUAACAGCACAGGCAGCACUGCGGACAGCGAUGGAUGGGACAGUUCGCGCCUUGGCUGUGGCCUUCCCUCACCAGACGAGCCUCCGCCGAAAAGCCGCAAGAGUUUCACCGGGUUCAAGAGGCCGGCGGUCGAGGAACCUGAGCUCCAGAAAUGGCCCAAAUCAGCGGGCCUCCUCCUCGAGGGAUGCAAGAAAGCUGACAAGGUCAAGAAGAAGAAAAAGAAGCCAGGGAAAAGCAAGGGUGACGAAUCCGAGAACUUGUUCCCACCAUUUCCUUCUGGCGCCGGAGUAGAAAUGUCCGGCAUUGGCCGGCCCAUCAAGGAGGAGCCGGAGGAUUACCUCAGCAUCCCCACGCCGUCUCUGUACAUGGACAUCAAGCGCUCAGCUCAUUCCGCCGUAAGCCGUCCGCCAGGUUCAAGCUCACAGGGCACCGUGCCCUGCAAAGAGGAGCCAGAGGCGGAGCACCCCUGCUGGCAUUCGCCUGACAGCUCAGGUGCAGAGUUCAGGAGCGAAAGCAGGGAAAGGUCAGUGGUCCCUGAGGGCGAGGCAGUGGUGAUGAAGCUGGAGGGCCUACCUGGCACAAGGACGGUGAUCCGCCAGGGAAAGCAGGUAGUGUUCCGCGAUGAAGAUGGCUCUGCAGACGAUGAAGAUAUCAUGGUUGAUUCAGAUGAUGACUCCUGGGAUCUGGUGACAUGUUUUUGUAUGAAGCCCUUUGCAGGAAGAGCAAUGAUCGAGUGUAACCAGUGCAACACUUGGAUCCACCUGUCCUGUGCCAAAAUACGCAAGUCCAACGUUCCUGAGACGUACACCUGCCAACGGUGCAAAGACUCAAAGUUUGACAUUCGACGCUCCAACCGUUCGCGCAUGGGGUCUCGAAAACAUCUUCUAGACUGACCCCACCCCUGCCCCUCCCCAAGUACAGACUCUAUUAAAGACAUGAGACGUACAGCAGAGGAAGGGCUCUUUGAUUGUGCUCUUAAACUUUGUCUUUGAGUUUUUAUAUAUAUAUAUAUAUAUAUAUAAUUAGUCCACCUUCCUAACUGUCUGCGUAAGGCAAUCAAAGCCCGGAUAAUGCAUUAAAGAGAAGAGAUUCGUACGGCUAAGACUUGAGACAGUUUGAAGUGGACUUUGGAGUCUCAGCGGUACACGCCUCAACACAUUACAGAACAGGUGUCAUAUUGGGAGUUGGAGAGACUGGUGGAUUGCACUUUUUUUUUAAAGAAAAGGGAGAGUCGGAGAGACCCUUUUAUAUCCAUAGCUUUCAAAAGUAUGUCUGUUUUGUCAAAGUGUUAAGUUAGACUUGUUAAACUUGUAUUUCCUUGUGGAACUUUCUCGAGUACCCAAAACUCUGAGGAGUAGAGCACUAUAGAAAAUAGUGAAAAUAUGCUAAUUUGAGGUACAGAAUCUGUACUUGAGUAGUUUUUGGACCUUUGGAAUGAAUCAUCAAACACCCCCCCAACCCCCCCCCCCCCCCCCCCCCCCCCCCCCUUGUCCUUCGUGAGUGCUGUCCUUCGCAAGUUCAUUAAGAAGGCAGUAUUUCAAAAAAGCUACGCCUACUACUUUAUACUUCACCAGCCUUUCAAGUAGAAAUUGUUUUAGCACAAUCCACAUCGUUACCUUCAGGUGUCUCCCCUAAGAGCUUUGACGCCCAAAGAUGCCUGGGAUACUUAGUUUGCUCAACACUUUCAGUGACUUUUUUUUUUUGCUUUAUUAACAAAGCCUUUCACCAUUGACUGCCAUACUAUUUUUUUUUUUUUAAAUCAAAGUGUCUUUUUUCCAUGUUGUUUGCAUGCUUUAUCUAGAGAAAACAGCCUUUUUUCUGUGAUAAUCAAAACAUUUCAUUGUUUUUCUCGUGUUGGAAAUGGUAAAAGUCUGUGUUUAAUCUUCUAACACAACAUUUUGAUGACUAGCUCUCUCAAAAGGUUCAAAUUUGGUCACUGGAGUGCUUGGCAAAUAUUUGCGUAGAUGCCCAGGAUCAGGGCUUUGCUCAGUAAAGGUUUUAUUUUGCACCAUUCAAGUACAGCUACAUUUUAUAGCUUAUCUUACAUGGCAGUACGUGAAGCUACGUUGCUCUCCUAAUAUUAUUUCUGUUCUGCAACGUUUUUCUGCUGGAUGUAGCCCAGCUGUUGGGAUCGAAGGGGACUAGAGCUUGUUCUCACUGCAAAGGGAAGAACGUUUUGCCGGCAUAUGCCAAAUCCUAUUCAGCUCACUCACUUCCACUCACAUUCCUCAAGUAUUUGCUGGUCGUGGCCAUAUGAAAUCUCAGAAGGGGAGCACAGUUUCUAGCUUGAUUAUAUUUGGGCCGUGCAUGUCCAGCUCGUGCAGCAUGGACAUACAGACUCGUUUGAAAACUUUCUGUAGUCUUUUAAUUGCACUAUGGUCAACAUUGUUUUGGAGACUCUGAAGAAGAAUCGUAACCCUGCAUGUUUUUAAAGUUACUUUAACUUUUUUCCACGAAGAACGUGGUUUAUGUUGGGCAUUAAACUCCAGUCUUAGACGGCUAAAGCGUAAAUGCACCCGACUCAGUUUAUUAGUAGAUUGGCAAGCUAUUGACAAGUCGAGCUCAUGUUAGAUGACAUGCACUCCAGGUACUGGAGCUUUACACUGAGUUUUUGAUGGCAACUGUCAGUCAAGACGUUUGCAUUGCCUGUAAUGGCCAGGCAUCGUCUUAUUUUCAGCUGUAAUGUUUUCAUUGCUAACUGAUGCCUGUUGAAUGUGAAUGGGUAAAGUAGGUAAUGAGCAAACCACCUGGAGUCCAACUUAACCGAUUUGGGUUUGGGUGUGAACUCGGAAUUGUUCUGGAGAAAUACAGUACGGACUUUAGACGUGUGAUGUUGUUCCCCGGUUCUGGACCGUGCAUUAAAAUGCACAACAUGAAAGUUAUCCAAGAGUAUAGGCUACCACAGUAUGUAAAGAAACCACUCUUUCAUUGAGACUUUCUUCAAAGUUUUAAUCAACACCUGCAGUACAUGUGAUUUCAAUGUACGUAUGUGCGUUUCCCUCACCAGUGCUCCUUACAUCGACCAUGAUGUCCAAUGUUUUUAUGAUUGUCUCUUUGUAACAAGUGGAAUAACGUCAUUCCACAGUGGUCAGAGCAUGUACUUCUGGAAAAUGGUCUUCUGUAAAGACACUUUAAUUUAUUUACGUUUAGUAUGCUCUAGCUACCUUUCUGUAGCUUGGUUCUUGGGGGGGGGAGGUUGACUCAUGUUUAAGUAUAAUUUCUUGUAUUAAUAAGCUUUCAUUUGCUAACCAUUUGUCCAAUAUUGGAUUUUUGCUGAUAUCAAGGGUUUUAAGUGUAAUGGUUGAUUUACACUUGGUUUUAUUUUGUACAAUCAUAAUGUGUUCUGUUGGUGUAUUAUGUCUUGGGUAGUUCAAGGCUGUUCACCCCUUUGGUUCUGUGGGGGGAUUUGUCAGAAUUGAUAGAUUUCAAUGGGACUUACUGUGUUAAGCUUGGAGAAGGGAGCACUAGGGCCAGAGAGAGCAAGAGAGAGAAAAUGUUUCUGUGAAACUGAUGUAAAUAAAGAGCUAAUGAGAAUUUAA